CCAGGGCAAGACUUUCAAUUAAUAAAGCCGAUUGGCAUCAAAUCAAAGAGGAAGACAAAGAACAGUUAUGGCUGCGAGUUAAGGCUCAUUUCAACAUUACAAAUGAUAAACAUAGGUCAUACGUGUUGAAAAUUGCCAAUGGGUGCUGGAAGUCUUUUAAAAAGAGACUUGUUAGUAACUUUGUUGCAAAAGGAUUAGAUGCAUCAAAGUCAUACGAGUAUAUAACACCAGAAGAAUGGGAAAAAUUCAAGCAACUAAAAUCGACCCCAGAAUUCCCGGUUUGUUUGAAUUUGUAUCUUAUAUUUUUGAGAUGUCCUCUUUUGACAUGGUUCCAAUUGUCUUUUACGUCUAGGCUCGGUUUUUAUUAUAUAAAUCUAACAAAAUACAAGAAAGAGGCUUACACAUCUUAAUUUAUGUAUGUUAAUAUCAUUUGUUUAUGAAGGAACAAAGUAGUAAAAACAGGGAAAACGCACAGAAAAACGAGAAUCCAGCCCGAGUCGGACCAGGUGGGUAUCGUAAAAGGAAGGUUAGCGGCUGGGAGAAAGAGCCUCAAAAUAAUGAGCUGAAGUCAUUGUUAGAUGGGAUCCAAGAUCCACGUGCUAAAGAUUGGGUGCAUGCUAGAAUAGCAACGGAUGAAAGUGGGUCUAAGGUCUUACCGGACAAGAUUAAACCUAUUGUGGAUGAGCUUCUGGGUUCCCCCAUCUGGAGUGGACUCACUCAUACAAGUAUUGGGACCAGAGCACCCAGGUCGAACAAGGGCUGUAGGAUCACUCGUUGGCUUGAAAAAGGGACUGCAAGGUGUUGGUAAGAAAAAAAGGGUUAAGAGUAACAACGAACAUUCAGUAGAGAUAUCAAGUAAAAGUUCUGUCCCCGAUCACAAGAUUGAUGAACCACAAUGUUGUCAAGUGUCCAAUGUAAAUGUUGGGAGCCCGGAGAUAAAAAAAAGUAGUUCUGGUCCACCUCAAUUGGAUAAUAUGGAUCCGUCACAGAUGUCGAGAUGUGCUAUGGGGAUUGUAUUUCCAAUUGGGUCCGGGUUAAUACAUAAACGUCCACUUGAAGACGGUCACAUGAGGGUCUAUGUAGACAUAGUUUACUCUAAGUAUGAUGCUUUACCUCUUCCUGUGGAAGAUGAAGUUCAUGGCUUGCGUGUAUUAGAAGAUGCACGACAUGCUUAUAUACAAUGGCCAAGUAAAUCAAUUGUCCUGGUUGAGAACUGCCAAGAAGACGACCAUGUGACUCCAGAUCUGUCGGCACAUGCAAUCCCGUCUACUCAGCCUUUGGGAAUGUCAACAAAUGCUAAUAAGCGGAGUUCAAUAAUUCCACAGCAAUGGAGACCUUAUGCAGGUAUAAUAAAGUACAAAUCACGUGGCGUAGUAGAGUUCUUUAAGUGUUUGAUUUCCCGAUGGGAGGCUCGCGAAGGUCCGAUUCAUAUUGUUGCUGAGUCUGGGAUAUUUGAGAAUCAGACUUAUGAGUUUAACAUUGAUCUCAACGAUUUGGUACGCUUGAUCACGGAGAGGUGGAUUGAUGUCUCCAUUAUAGCCUGGUUCGAAAUAUGGCUACAUUCAAUGGUGAAAUCACGUCCUAGUAAAAAUCAGUGUGCAUUCAUGAACGCGUAUAGCAUCCAAGGGAAAUCAUGCGAUCUGGAUGAGAGGGAAGUAACUGAUUACAUUUUUCGAGCCUUAAAUGAUAACCGUGACAAAAAAAAUUUCGUUGCACCUUAUUGGCAAAGUGAGCAUUAGGUAUUGAUUGUGAUUGAUCAUCAUCGUCGCCUGGGUUACAUUCUCGAUUCUUUGUUUAAAGACGGUGGGAAGUCCAAAAGCACAUACAAAGUAAUCAUACUUAUAGAAAGGGUUGUUUCAAGGUAUAACGGUGGAGCUUCAGAAGAUCACAUGAGUUGGACAAUGGUUACGUGCAACCAACAACAAGGCGGCUGGGAGUGUGGUUAUUAUGUCAUGCGUUGGUUACAUAGAUUUGCGCUCCAAGGUCCCGGUAUUCUUUUUAAGAAGGAAACAUCUUGCCUUCCACAAGAUGAGUUGGAUAAAGUUUUUCAUACGUGGAUCGAGAAAUUUCUUGCAGCAAAUCAUCUACCUGCAAACAUAAGAGCACCUCAUUGAUCUUGGAAUGAAAGAAACCGCAACGUUGAAGUAGAAAACCUGUUUGUGGGUGAAUCUCCUAUGUUUACCUGAUGAUUGGGUUUCUUUAUGUAUUUCAUACGAUAAUUUAGAGUAUUUUACUUUGAAUGCUUUGUUUAGGGUGACUUAUUUAAGUAUAGAAUUGUAGUUAUGCUUUGGUUUUAACUUGGAAUGCUGUUCACAAAUCUGGUCUUAUUAAAGUUUUUCUAUGAAUUUGGUGUAAACUUUUAUGUAA